AUGGCCACGAAGACUGCAGGCGGCAAUGCUGCCUUCCACAACUUCCACAACGACUUUGCCCAUAUCCAGGAUCCAAAUGAGCGUCGACGACUGGCUCUCGCCGAAAUCGACAAGGCCCCCUUUGGCUGGUACCAUGUCCGUGCCAUCGUGGUAGCCGGUAUUGGUUUCUUCACCGAUGCCUACGAUAUCUUCGCCAUCAACUUGGUCACUGCCAUGUUGGGCGUUGUCUACUGGCAGAAUGCGGCCAAGAGCCCAGGCCACAUCCCAUCCAAUUCCGACACUGCCAUCAAAGUGGCAACAUCGGGUGGUACCGUCAUCGGUCAAGUUGCCUUCGGAUGGGCGGCCGAUCAGGUCGGCCGAAAGAAAAUGUAUGGUCUAGAGUUGAUUUUGAUCAUCUUUGCAACACUUGCCCAGGCACUGUCCUCGGCCUCUCCAGCCGUCUCUGUGGUUGGCUUGAUCAUAUUUUGGCGUGUGAUGAUGGGUAUCGGUAUCGGUGGCGAUUAUCCCCUGUCUUCGAUCAUCACCUCCGAAUUCGCGACAACCAAAUGGAGAGGUGCCAUGAUGGGGUCCGUCUUCGCCAUGCAGGGUAUCGGCCAAUUUGCCGCCGCAAUCAUCGCCUUGAUCGUAACCGCAGGCUUCAAGCAAUCUCUCCUGACCGCCAAGUCAGUAGACCUAUGUGACGGUGUAUGCCAACUGGCGGUGGAUAAGAUGUGGCGGGUCAUCAUUGGGUUUGGUGCUGUCCCAGGCUGCAUCGCAUUGUACUUCCGCCUCACCAUCCCCGAAACACCUCGAUACACUUUCGACGUGGCCCGAGAUUCGGAGAAGGCCGUUGCAGACGUUCAGGCCUACAAGGCUGGCAAGAGUGAAGGCCAUCCCGACGAAGUCAGCCGGGCUGCUGUUCUCCUAGACUCCCGUGCCCGCCUGGACCCUCCCAAGGCUUCCUGGAAGGACUUUUGGCGCCACUACGGCCAGUGGAAGCACGGAAAGGUCCUGCUUGGAACGGCUGGAUCCUGGUUCUUCCUCGACGUCGCCUUCUAUGGACUCGGACUCAACAACUCGAUCAUUCUCAGUGCCAUAGGCUACGCCAGCGGUGACAACGUCUAUGAGAUUUUCCGCAACACUGCCAUUGGCAAUUUGAUCAUUGUUUGCGCCGGAGCCAUCCCCGGUUACUGGGUCACUGUCGCGACGGUCGACACGAUCGGCCGUAAACCCAUUCAACUAAUGGGCUUCACCAUCUUGACCAUCCUCUUCGUCAUCAUCGGCUUCGCGUACCACAAACUCAGCGAAGGAGGUCUGUUGGCUCUAUAUGUUCUGGCCCAGUUCUUCUUCAACUUCGGUCCCAACGCCACAACCUUCAUUGUCCCGGGCGAGUGCUUCCCUACUCGAUACCGAUCAACCUCGCACGGUCUGUCCGCCGCCUCAGGCAAAGUUGGUGCCAUCAUCGCACAGUGCGUCUUUGGUCCUCUUCGUACCAAGGGCCACCCGACGAAGUCCAACCCUUCGCCCUGGCUCAAUCACGUCAUGGAGAUCUUUGCUCUCUUCAUGCUGUGCGGUAUCUUCACCACUUUGUUGAUCCCGGAGACCAAGCGCAAGACCCUUGAAGAGCUUGCCGGCGAGGUGCCAGGCACCAAGAACUACGAUCCCGAAUCCGCCGGUCACCGUAGGGAUUCCUAUGUUGCGGCUGAAGGAUCCCCCAGCCCUGACGUGCUUACCGAACACAAGGCGACUGUUUGA